UCAGGUACGUGUGCGAUUACCCGGAUGAGACUGGCCGCCAUCUUUACUCCAUCCCCUCUAUACCGGUUGGGCGGAACACCGUUCGAGUCGACCCAGUUGGUUUACAGGAACCUCUAACAGACCCAGGAGCGGAUCUAUUCGCAAUGGCAGAGCGAGAAGAAUGCGUUUACCAGGCAAAACUCGCUGAGCAGGCCGAGCGAUAUGACGAGAUGGUGUCGUUUAUGAAGAAAGUGGCGGGCAUGGAUGUGGAGCUCACAGUGGAGGAGAGGAACCUACUAUCAGUGGCUUACAAGAAUGUGAUUGGCGCCAGGAGAGCUUCCUGGCGGAUAAUCAGCAGCAUUGAACAGAGAGAUGAGAGCAAGCGUGAAGAAGUGAAAUUGAAGAUGGUCCGGGAGUACAGGAAAACGGUUGAAGAUGAGCUUAAGUCAAUCUGUGGUGACAUUCUGGAUGCGUUGGAAAAGCACCUACUCCCCGCUGCCGUUGCUGGAGAGUCGAAAGUCUUCUACAACAAAAUGAAGGGCGACUACCACAGGUACCUGGCGGAGUUUGCCACAGGCAACGGCAGAAAGGAAGCAGCAGAGCAGAGCUUGGUGGCCUACAAAGCUGCAACUGAUCUUGCUACGCAAGAACUGCCACCCACGCACCCCAUUCGCCUUGGUCUCGCGCUCAACUUCUCCGUCUUCUACUACGAGAUCCUCAACUCACCAGAUCGCGCUUGCAGGUUGGCGAAGGCUGCAUUUGAUGAUGCAAUUGCAGAACUGGACACUCUGAGUGAAGAUAGCUACAAAGACUCCACACUCAUCAUGCAGUUGUUACGUGACAAUUUGACACUAUGGACUUCCGAUAUGCAGGGAGAAGAAGAGCAGACCACAGAAGCACUGCAAGAUGUGGAGGACGAAGCACAGACUUAGAGAUGACUUUGCCGCUGUCAGCCAACAACUUGUGACCCCCCCCCCCCCCCCCCCCCUCCAAAACUCAACCAACUCAUCACACUCCUUGACUUCCUUGUUUGUCCUCCCUCUUCAUCCUUUCCCUUCCCACUCUUCUCUUCAGCCUCUGCUACUCCAGUACCCAACAGGGCCUGGAGUUUGUCAUUUCUUCUUUUUUUUUUUUUAUAUAUCUUAGUCCUUACACCACUACCACUUCAGUCAGUCAGGAAAUACAAUGUUAGAGACACAGAGAAGCCCCUUGGUUUAUUAUUUUUUUUCUUUCAAUUUUGUUCCUGGUACAAGCGGUUCUGAAAUGUUAUCUUUGUUUUCUUUAUUGUGUUUUUGUUUCUUUUUGAUUUUCCUCAAUAUUUUUAUCAGUUGCUGGAUGUAUUGAGAAUCUUUCUUAAUGUAAUUACAGAAAUUAACUUUUAUUACUGAAAAUGUUGACUAUUAGUUAAUGGGAGUUUUAUCUUUGUUUUUAGUGAAUCAAUGUUAACUUUUUAACAGGCACUUUGGAGAGCUGCAAGUGUCUUUUUAUGUUAGUAUUUCAGAGGACGUUGGCAACAUUUGCGAUAUCCAGGUGGGGCAAAGAAGUGCUUUUACAAAGUAAUCUCUUUUUUUUUUCCUCUCUCUUCUGUUUUAUGUAGGUGUUUGGACUGUACUUUGUGCUCAAUACUGUAUCGGUGCACAUACGCCUGAAGGUUGCAUUAUCACUUGCUGUUUAAAUCAGCGGUAGAGAAAAAGACAGGUUGGUAUCAGUUUGGCCCCACUCCUUCAUAAAGAUCCCCCCCAAAAAGACGGUUGUUUGCGCUUGCUAAUAUUCUUUUCUGCAGCUUUCUCCAACUUUGUACUGAAGCUCCUUUUGGUUGAGAGCGUAUUUCCCUGCAGGUUCUUUUGCUUUUCUUCUUAUUUUGCUGCAUCAUCUGUAACCUGGAGCUAAUUUGUACUACUGGAUAUCUGACUGGAGCCACAGACAGGGAAUCUGUAUUAUUCUUACUGAAACACAGCAUGAAAUUAACAUUAAACAAUCUAAAUUAAAGGGA